AUGGCGUUGAGGAAGCUACAGACCGAGAUCGAUCGAACACUCAAGUCUGUCGCCACCGGCGUCGAGACCUUUGAGUCCACCUUUGAUAAGCUCAACCAUGCGUCCAAUGCGACCCAGAAGGACAAGCUCGAGACAGAUCUCAAGACACAGAUCAAGAAGCUCCAGCGCAUGCGUGACCAGAUCAAGGUCUGGUUGGGCAGUAGCGAUAUCAAGGACAAGAGCGCACUUCUCGAUAACCGCAAGCUAAUCGAGACACAAAUGGAACGCUUCAAAGCCUUAGAAAAAGAAAUGAAGAUGAAAGCCUUCUCCAAAGAAGGUUUGAUCGCAGCCGCGCGGUUAGACCCAGCAGAAAAGGCCAGGCGCGACAUGAUCGAUUGGAUCGGCACUACAACCGACGAGUUGUCUCGACAGAUCGAGGCCACCGAGGCCGAACAAGAACAACUGCAGUCGGCCGGGCGCAAGAAGAAGCAACCUUCAGAACGCCUCAUCGAGCUUGAACAACUCAACGAGCGACGCGGUUGGCACAUCGGGCGACUGGAGAUUGUGCAGCGCAUGUUCGAGAACGGGCAAUUGACAAUCGACAGACUCGAGGACAUCCAGGAGGACGUCAAGUACUUUGUCGAGGCCAACACCGAGGAAGACUUUGAUUUUGACCUCGGCAUCUACGAUGACCUCAACCUGCAGGACGUUGAGGAGGAGUACAACCCCGCCGAUUACGGACAUACGGCCGAGGACUCUUCCAACAUCGACACCAGCUCUGUCGCGGACACGCUCGAAACUCCUUCCAAGACGCCCAAGGAGGAGAGAAAGUCCAAACGUCUUGCCGCCGCAUCUACAGCUGCUGAAGACGACACUCCACCAAGUCCGGUGACGACAAAAAGCCGGAAAAAGGACAAAGAGAAGAAGGAGAAGGAGUUCAAGGCCGAGCCCGCCGCGCCCGAACCUCCAACACCAGUCCAAGCGCCACCAGCCAAACCUGCACCGCUGCCGCCUAUCCGUUAUGCCGCUGCCGCUGCCGCCGCUGUUGGGGCAGCAUCUCAUCCUCCAGCACACCACACUCCUGAGCCUCCCGCAGUCGUCCACAAGGCUGAGUCCACGGUGUCCGUCGCCGACGAUGCCACGCCUUCCGAGACCGAGGCACCAACAGAGGAGACUUCGACGUCCGCAUCUAUCGCUCCCUCAACGGCGGCCUCUGCUGUUGACGUUUCGCAGUCCAACGGACAUCCUCCAUCGCUUCCCCCAGGCAUUUCCGCCACCCCCUCGCCUGUGUCUGCGGAGCCUCCUAGCAACAUUAAUGGCGGCGUCUCGCAGCUGUCCUCACUGUCGCAGCUGCCGCAGGCGGACUCGUCGCGCACCACCACCGCUGCCAACUACGCGCAGAGCCCGCGCAAGGACCAGACUGUUCUCGAGAGUCUCAUGCAGAGCUUCGGCGUCGCCAAGGAGAUGGCUGACCGCCGGACCACUGAUCCCGAUGAGCUCCACAACGCGCUCGACGGCUCCUUCCGUAACGCGCCUGCCCAGGUCGACGCUGAACCGCCACGGUACUACCACCCCCAGAACCCCGUGAAGACGCCGUCGUACUACUCCCAGGCGCGCCUACCGCUCCUCGAGGACAAGAGCAUCUACCAGCGUCUCGAGCUGGACCAGCUGUUCUACAUCUUCUACUACAUGACAGGGACAUACGAGCAGUGGCUCGCAGCCCAGGAGCUCAAGCGCCAGAGCUGGCGCUUCCACAAGCAGUACUUGACAUGGUUCCAGCGCGCACACAACCCACAGGCCAUUACCGAGGACUACGAGCAGGGUGGAUACUACUACUUUGACUGGGAGAACUCUUGGUGCCAGCGCCGCAAGAGCGACUUCCGGUUCGAGUACCGCUGGCUUUCCGACCACUGA